AUGUCUCAGAAACUUAAGCAGGAUCAGUGUGCUCCGUGUCUGAACCCAGGAAACCCAGUGUUCUCCUGCAUGCUGAAAACAUCAGCCUCUUCAGAUCCAAAAAUUCACAGUUUUCUGUACAGGACUACGUCAAGCGAGUACGGAUCUCGGCCUCCAACCUUCGAGUCGUCCCCGGGUGUGUAUUACCCUCUGUCUCAAUCUUUCUCCGAGCACCUGGGCAAGUGCGGGAUGUCCCGAGACACCUUGUUCAACACCAGGCUGGACCGCAACCGGGUGUGUGACAGCAUCAUUUUACGCAACACCAUCUGA